AUGGAAGGCCCAAACAGCACCUCUUUUGCCGACGCUACUGUGAAUGGGUUUAGCGCGACGUCGUCUCCAUGGUACCUGGCAGCUUCUUGCACACUUUUACUUGUCUUGUCAUUGGCCUCGACAAGGAACAGGGGCACCAAGCUUCCAUACCUUAACCCUAAGAAAAGGUUUGAGUGGUCUUCAGCUAGAGCUGUCGGCCACUUCAUUGCGAAUGCUCGGAAAAUGCUUUACGAUACAGCAAACAGCUUAUCUGGGAAACCCUUCCGUGUGUUGAACGACAUCGGCGACGUUAUUGUUCUGCCGCCUGAUUUUGGUCAAGAAAUCCGCAAUGACAAGCGGUUCAGCUUUACUCAAGGUCUUUAUGAGGACUUUCAGGGUAAAUACGCUGGCUUCGAACCAUACAAAGAAUCGUGUCACCCUUCUGGGAGACUUCAGAAUGUGGUUAGGUUAAGACUGACCAAAACUCUCGGAAAAAUUACUGCUAUUCUAUCCAAAGAGGCCGAUUUGGUCAUACAAGAGACAUUGUCAGAUUCUAAAGAGCCACAUGAUGUGGUUUUGAAAAAAGCGGUCCUCGAAGUAAUUUCAAGGCUUUCUGGUCGUAUCUUCGUCGGGGAGCGUUUAGGUAGGAACAAGGAAUGGCUGCACACAGUGAUCUCGUAUGUUGAGUUGAGCAUUUUUGCCAUGCAAAGUAUGCGGAUGUGGCCCGAGUUCGUUCGACCACUUGCUGCCUGGUUCCUCCCCGGCCCGAGGAAACUUCGUGCAUACAUCAAAGAUGCAGAAAAAUUUGUCUUUGACGAGCUUAAGAGACGGCGUGAUGAGUCACCAAGUGUCGAGUACAACGAUGCCAUCGAGUGGUUCGAUGAAAUGGCUAAGGGGCAGCGGUAUAACCCAGCUGUAGCACAGCUGAUACUAGCCAGCGUUGCGGUGCAUACCACCGCUGACCUUGUCACCCAGACGAUGUACGACAUACUUCAGAACCCUGACUUGAUCCAACCGCUUCGUGAAGAGGCUAUCAGGGUCAUUGGAGAGGAAGGAUGGAAAAAAACCUCUCUUCACAAUCUCAAGUUAAUGGACAGCGUGCUGAAAGAAAGCCAGCGCCUAAAGCCCGUUCAGAUCGUGGGAAUGAAUCGUCGUGUCAUGGAGAAUGUUCAGCUUUCAGAUGGUACUAAGAUUACUCGUGGCAGUGCCACUGUUGUCUCCGCAGAACGUAUGUGGGAUCCAGAGAUCUACAAAAAACCCCUAGAGUUUGACGGCUACCGAUUUUAUCGUCAACGGGGCGGGCCAAAUGAUGCUGUUAGCCAACUGGUGAGCACCAGCGUGGAUCACAUGGGUUUUAGACAUGGAAUGCAUUCUUGUCCUGGGCGCUUCUUCGCCGGCAACGAGGCAAAGGUGGUUCUGGUGCAUCUACUGCUCAAAUACGAUUUCGAAUUUGCGGAGGGUCAGAAGCCCAAAUUUAUGGAAUUUGGGUUUUCGUGCGAGUCUGAUUCUUCAGUCAAAGUAUCCGUCCGCAGACGUCAAGAGGAAAUCGAUUUGUCUGUUCAGGAUUCGCAGGAGUGA